GCUGUAGGAGGAAGAACAGUCGCCAAACCUUGACAACCUGUGCAACAUGAACAUGCUUAUCCUGUCUUGCCUGUUGGCGGUGGCCGCUGCUGCCCCACAGUACAACUACGGUGCCCCAGCUCCUGCCCCCAGUGCCCCAGCUUCAUAUAGCGUUAGGUCUCCUCCCGUAGAGAUCUUGAGGUCCGAUCGUCAAGGACCUGAUGCCACUGGCGCCUACAACUUCCUCUUCGAGAGCGCCGACGGCAUCAGUCGUCAGGAGCAGGGCGCCCCUCAGGGGCCGAAUGGCGCCGUGGCUUCCCAGGGAGGAUGGUCGUUCACUUACCCUGACGGAACACCCGCAGUCUUCACCUUCGUAGCUGACGGUGCAGGUUACCGCGUGCAGUCUGACCUGCUGCCCACACCCCCACCUCUCCCCGCCCACGCCAUCGCCCAGAUCGAGAAGGCUCGUCAGGAGGACGCCGCCGCAGCAUCUGCCCCAAGGAACAGUUAUAAUGCCCCUGUCCCAGCCCCUGCCCCACAGAUAAACUACUCGUACCCACAAUAGACGACAGGGAAGCCACACAGCUCACGAUAAAGUUUGACAAUUGUUCAUAAAUUGUAACUGUUAUGUUUGAUCUAUUUUGUUAUAUUUUAUACUGCGAUAAAUAACUAUAUUUUAUACCAUGAUCAUAAAUAAAUAUAAGAAAUGUUA